AUGCCCUCUUCAUUUUUAUUAGUAAAUCUUUCAGCUUUACUCAUCUCCUUUGUAUUUGGAGAAACAGAAAUAAGGUUUGCUGGACAAACAGAAUUUGUCGUUAAUGAAACAAGCACAACUGUUAUUCGUCUUAUCAUUCAAAGGCUAGGAGAGCCGGCCAACGUCACUGCAAUUGUCUCGCUGUAUGGAGAAGACACUGGUGACUUCUUUGACACGUAUGCUGCGGCUUUUAUACCUUCUGGAGAGUCUAACAGGACAGUAUACAUAGCAGUCUGUGAUGAUGACCUGCCAGAGCCUGAUGAAACUUUCAUUUUUCAUUUGACAUUACAGAAACCCUCAGCAAAUGUGAAACUUGGAUGGCCAAGGACUGUUAUUGUGACAGUACUAUCAAAUGACAAUGCAUUUGGAAUUAUUUCAUUCAGUAUGCCUUCAUCAAUCUCAGUGGUGGAGCCCAGGGACAGAAAUGAGUCUGUGCCACUAACUCUCAUCAGGGAAAAGGGGACCUAUGGAAUGGUCACUGUGACUUUUGAGGUAUUGGGUGGUCCAAAUCCUCCUGAAGAAGACUUGAGUCCAAUUAGAGGAAAUAUUACCUUUCCCCCUGGCAGAGCAGCAGUAAUUCAUAACUUGACAGUACUUGAUGAUGAGGUACCAGAAAAUGAUGAGAUAUUUUUGAUUCAACUGAAAACUGUAGAAGGAGGAGCUGAGAUGAAUGACUCUAGGAGUUCAGUUGAGAUCAUCCUUAAGAAAAAUGAUGGUCCAGUGAGAUUCAUUCAGAGUGCUUAUUUGGUUCCUGAGGAAGACCUGAUACUUACCAUUCCAGUGGUUCGUGGAAAGGAUAAGGAUGGAAAUCCAAUUGGAUCUAAUGAAUGUGAUGUUUCAGUCAGGUACAAAGUUAUGACUGGGACUUCAACGGCACAUGCCCAGCAACAUGUAGACUUCCUUGAUCUUCAGCCAAAUACAACUCUUGUUUUUCCACCUUUUAUUCAUGAAUCACAACUGAAAUUUCAAAUAAUUGAUGACACUGUACCAGAGAUUGCAGAAUCAUUUCGCAUUAUGUUGCUAAAGGACACCUUGCAGGGAGAUGCUGUACUAAUGGGCCCUUCAAUUGUACAAGUCACCAUUAAGCCAAAUGACAAACCUUAUGGAGUUCUAUCAUUCAACAGUAUUUUGUUUGAAAGACCAGUUAUAAUUGAUGAAGAUAUAACAUUGAGUUCUAGAUUUGAAGAAAUUACAGUGGUUAGAAAUGGUGGCACUCAUGGGAAUGUUUCUGUGAACUGGGUGUUGACACGGAACAGCAGCGAUCCCUCACCAGUGACAGAGGAUAUUGGACCCACUUCUGGGGUCCUCCAGUUUGUACAAGGGCAGAUGUUGGCAUCAGUUCUCCUAACUGUUAUCAACGAUGAUCUUCCAGAAGAGGCUGAGGCUUACCUACUUAAAAUUCUACCUCACACGAUUCAAGGAGGUGCUGAAGUGAGCGAGCCAGCAGAGCUUUUGUUCUACAUCCAGGAUAGUGAUGACGUUUAUGGACAAAUAGCUUUUUUUCCUGUGGAAAGCCAGAAGAUUGAAAGCAGUCCAAGUGAGCGAUAUUUAUCCUUGAGUUUUACAAGACUAGGAGGAGCUAAAGGAGAUGUGAGGGUGAUUUAUUCUGCACUUUAUAUUCCUGCUGGAGCUGUGGACCCCUUGCGAGCAAAAGACGGAAUCUUAAAUAUAUCUGGAAAAAACAGUCUCCUUUUUCCAGAACAUAAAAAUCAAGUCACCACAAAAUUACCAAUCAGAAAUGAUGCAUUCCUGCAGAACGAGGCCCACUUCCUAGUGCAGUUGGAAACUGUGGUGUUGGUGAACAUAAUCCCCUCGAUCCCACCUAUAAGUCCUAGAUUUGGGAAAAUCAGAAAUAUUUCUUUAUUGGUUACUCCGGUCCUUGCAAAUGGAGAAAUUGGCUUUCUUAGCAACCAUCCAAUCAUUUUGUAUGAACCAGAAGAUUCUGCUGCUGAGAUUGUAUAUAUUCCCUUACAUCGAGACGGAACUGAUGGUCAGGCUACUGUCUACUGGAGUUUGAAGCCGUCUGGCUUUAAUUCACAAACAGUGACCGUGGAUGAUGCAGGUCCCUUUAAUGGCUCUGUUGUGUUUUUAUCUGGGCAAAGUGACACAACAAUCAACAUUACAGUCAAAGGUGACAACAUACCAGAGAUGAAUGAAACUGGAACACUCUCUCUGGACAGGGUUAAUGUAGAUAGUGAAGUGCUGAAAUCUGGACAUACUAGCCGAGACCUAAUUAUUUUGGAGAAUGAUGACCCUGGAGGAGUGUUUGAAUUUUCUCCUGAUUCCCGAGGACCCUAUGUUAUAAAAGAAGGAGAAUCCGUGGAGCUCCACAUUAUCCGAUCCAGGGGGGCUCUCAUUAAACAGUUUCUGCACUAUCGAGUAGAACCGAGAGCUAGCAACGAAUUCUAUGGAAACACGGGGGUACUGGAAUUUAUACCCGGGGAAAGGGAAAUAGUGAUCACCUUGUUAGCAAGAUUGGAUGGCACACCAGAGUUGGAUGAGCACUACUGGGUGGUCCUCAGCAGCCAUGGUGAGAGGGAAAGCAAGCUGGGAGGUGCUGCAGUUGUCAACAUAACGAUUCUGAAAAACGAUGACCCGCACGGGGUCAUAGACUUUGUUUCUGAUGGCCUGACCAGGACAAUAAAUGAAAGCAAAGGAGAUGAUAUCGACAGUGCUGUUUAUGGUGUAAUAAGAAAUCGAGGCAACUUUGGAGAUGUUACUGUAUCCUGGGUGGUUAGUCCAGACUUUACACAAGAUGUAUUUCCUGUGAAAGGAACUAUUUCUUUUGGAGAUAAGGAAUUUUUAAAAUAUAUCACCAUUUACUCCCUUCUUGAUGAGAUUCCAGAGGAAAUGGAGGAAUUUUCUAUUACCUUACUUAAUGCCACUGGUGGAGCUGAAGUAGGAAACAGAACAACUGCCACCCUCAGGAUUCGAAGAAAUGAUGACCCCAUUUAUUUUGCAGAACCUCGAGUUGUGAGGGUCCAGGAGGGUGAGACUGCCAACUUUACAGUUCUCAGAAAUGGAUCUGUGAGUGUGACCUGCACUGUCCAGUACGCCUCCAUGGAUGGAAAGGCUUCAGCACAAGAAGGAGACUUUCUUCUUGUUGAGAAAAGAGAAACCCUUGUGUUUGAGGUUGGAAGUAGAGAGCAGAGUAUAUCUGUAUAUGUUAAUGAAGAUGGAAUCCCAGAAACAGAUGAACCUUUUUAUAUAAUCCUUUUUAAUUCAACAGGCGACACAGUAGUAUAUCAACAUGGAGUAGCUACAGUGAUAAUUGAAGCCAAUGAUGACCCAAAUGGUAUUUUUUCUCUGGAGCCCAUAGACAAAGCAGUAGAAGAAGGAAAGACUAAUGUAUUUUGGAUUUGGAGGCAUCGAGGACACUUUGGUAACGUUUCUGUGACCUGGCAGCUGUUUCAUAAUGCGUCUAUUCUGCAGCCUGGACAAGAGUUCUAUGAAACUUCAGGGAUUGUUAACUUCAUGGAUGGAGAAGGAACAAAAUCAAUAAUUCUCCAAGCUUUUCCAGACAAAAUUCCUGAAUUCAAUGAGUUUUAUAUCCUGAAACUUGUAAAUAUUUCAGGUGGUUCUCCGGGUCCUGGAGGUCAACUAGCAGAAUCCAACCUUCAGGUGACAGUAAUGAUUCCAUUUAAUGAUGAUCCCUUUGGAAUUUUCACCUUAGAUCCAGAAUGUUUAGAGAGAGAAGUGGCAGAAGAUGUCCCCUCAGAAGAUGACAUAUCCUAUAUUACCAAAUUCACCAUUUUGAGGCAACAGGGUGUCUUUGGUGAUGUACGGGUUGGCUGGGAAAUACUAUCAAGAGAAUUCACUGCUGGUUUGCCACCAAUGAUUGACUUUCUUCUGGUUGGAAUUUUCCCUAGCACUGUGCAUUUACAACCACAUAUGCGACGUCACCACACUGGAACAGAUGCCUUGUACUUCAGUGGAGUGGAGGGUGCAUUUGGGACUGUUGAAUCGAAGUACUGUCCCUCCAGGAAUAACACAAUUGCCAACUUUACAUUUUCUGCCUGGGUGAUGCCUAAUGCCAAUACAAAUGGAUUUCUUAUAGCAAAAGAUGAUGCAAAUGGAAGCAUCUACUAUGGGGUAAAAAUUCAAACAAAUGAAUCCCAUGUGACUCUUUCUCUUCAUUAUAAAACUUUUGGAUCCAAUGUGACAUACAUUGCCAAGACCACAGUCACGAAAUAUUUAGAAGAAGGUGUUUGGCUUCAUGUUUUAAUUACCUUGGAUGAUGGCAUAAUUGAGUUCUACCUGGAUGGAAAUCCAAUGCCCAGAGGAAUCAAGAGUCUGAAGGGAGAAGCCAUUAUUGAUGGUCCAGGAAUACUGAGAAUUGGGGCAGGGAUGAGCGGCAGUGACAGGUUCACAGGUGUGAUGCAGGAUGUGAGGACCUACAAUCAGAAGCUGUCUGCUGAAGAGAUACAUGAACUUCAUGCUGUGCCUGCAAAGAAUGAUUUGCACCCCAUUUCUGGGUAUCUGGAGUUCAGACAAGGAGAAACCAACAAAUCAUUCAUUGUUUCUGCAAGAGAUGACAGCGAAGAGGAAGGAGAAGAAUUAUUUCUUCUUAAACUAGUCUCUGUAUAUGGAGGGGCUCAGAUUUCUGAAGAAAAUACUACAGCUAGAUUACGAAUACAGAAGAGUGACAAUGCCAAUGGCCUUUUCGGUUUCACAGGCGCUUGUAUACCAGAGAUUGCAGAGGAAGAGUCCACCAUUUCCUGUGUGGUGGAGCGAACCAGGGGAGCUCUGGAUUAUGCUCAUGUGUUUUACACCAUCUCACAGAUCGAAUCUGAAGGCAUUAAUUACCUCGUUGAUGAUUUUGCUAAUGCCAGUGGGACUAUCACCUUCCUUCCUUGGCAGAGAUCUGAGGUUCUGAAUAUACAUGUUCUUGAUGAUGAUAUUCCUGAGCUUAACGAGUAUUUCCGGGUGACAUUGGUUUCUGCAAUUCCUGGAGAUGGAAAACUAGGUUCAACUCCUACCAGUGGUGCUAGCAUAGAUCCCGAGAAGGAGACAACAGACAUCACUAUCAAAGCUAGUGACCAUCCCUACGGCUUGCUACAGUUCUCCACAGGGCUGCCUCCUCAGCCAGAGGACUCAAUGAGUCUGCCAGCCAGCAGCGUGCCUCAUAUCACAGUGCAGGAAGAAGAUGGAGAAAUCUGUUUACUGGUCAUUCGUGCACAAGGACUCCUGGGUAGGGUGACUGCACAGUUUAGAACAGUGUCUUUGACAGCAUUCAGUCCAGAAGACUACCAGAGUGUUGCUGGCACAUUGGAAUUUCAACCAGGUGAAAGAUAUAAAUAUAUUUUUAUCAACAUCACUGAUAAUUCCAUCCCUGAACUGGAAAAAUCUUUUAAAGUUGAGUUGUUAAACGUGGAUGGAGGAGCGUCGGAACUCUUUAGGGUUGAAGGCAGUGGUAGUGGAGAUGGGGAUGUGGAAUUCUUCCUCCCACCUGUCCGCAGACAUGCCAGUCUAGGAGUGGCCUCCCAGAUUCUAGUGACAAUCUCUGCCUCGGACCAUGCACACGGGGUGUUUGAAUUCAGCCAAGAGUCACUCUUUGUCAAUGGAACUGAACCAGAGGAUGGGUACAGCACUGUUAUAUUACAUGUUAUAAGGACUCAUGGAGCUCUGUCCCCAGUGACUUUGCGUUGGAACAUAGACUCUGAUCUGGAUGGGGAUCUUGCCAUUACCUCUGGCAAUGUCACCUUUGAGACUGGGCAGAGGGUUGCCCACAUCGCAGUGGAAAUAUUGCCAGAUGAAGACCCAGAGCUGGACGAAGCAUUCUCUGUGUCAAUCCUCAGCGUCUCCAGUGGCUCUUUGGGGGUUCUUACUAAUGCCACAUUGACAGUUUUGGCCAGUGAUGAUCCUUAUGGAAUAUUUAUUUUUUCGGAAAGAAAUAGACCUAUUAUGGUUGAAGAAGCAACCCAAAAUGUCACAUUAUCAAUAAUAAGAUUUAAAGGCCUCUUGGGAGAAGUUGUAAUCUCAUAUGCAACUGUAGAUGAUAUAGAAAAACCACCUUAUUUUCCACCUAAUUUGGCUAGAGCAACUCAGCGAGGAGAUUAUAUAUCAGCAUCUGGAUUUGCUGUUUUCAGAGCUAAUCAGACUGAAGCCACAAUAUCUAUUUCCAUUUUGGAUGAUGAUGAACCAGAGAGGUCGGAAUCUGUAUUUGUUGAACUACUCAAUCCUGCUUUAGUAGAAAAAGUACAGAUUCGUCCAAUCCCACAUUCUCCACGCCUUGGCCCUAAGGUGGAAGCUAUAGCCCAUCUCAUUAUUGUUGCCAAUGAUGACGCAUUUGGAACUCUGCAGCUGUCAGCACCAACUGUUCGAGUAGCAGAAAAUCAUGUUGGACCGAUUAUCAAUGUGACUAGAAAAGGAGGAGCAUUUGCAGAUGUUUCUGUAAAGUUUAAAGCUGUGCCAAUAACUGCAAUGGCUGGUGAAGAUUAUAGUAUAGCUUCAUCAGAUGUGGUCCUGCUGGAAGGGGAAACCAGUAAAGCUGUGCCAAUAUAUGUCAUUAAUGACAUCUCCCCUGAGCUGGAAGAAGUUUUUCUUGUGCAACUGCUGAACGAGACAACAGGAGGAGCCAAACUAGGGUCUUUGACAGAGGCAGUCAUUAUUAUUGAGGCUUCUGAUGAUCCCUAUGGAGUAUUUGGUUUUCAGAUUACUAAAUUUAUUAUAGAGGAACCUGAGUUUAACUCAGUGAAGGCAAACCUGCCAAUAAUUCGAAAUUCUGGGACACUUGGCAAUGUUACUGUUCAGUGGGUUGCCACCAUUAAUGGACAGCUUGCUACUGGCGACCUGCGAGUUGUCUCAGGUAAUGUGACCUUUGCCCCUGGGGAAACCAUUCAAACCUUGUUGUUAGAGGUCCUGGCUGACGACGUUCCGGAGAUUGAAGAGGUUAUCCAAGUCCAACUAACUGAUGCCUCUGGUGGAGGUUCAAUUGGUUUAGACCGAGUGGCAAAUAUUGGUAUUCCUGCCAAUGAUAACCCUUACGGUACAGUAGCAUUUGUUCAGUCGGUUUAUCGUGUUCAAGAACCUCUGGAGAGAAGUUCCUGUGCUAACAUAACUGUCAGGAGAAGCGGAGGACACUUUGGUCGGCUCUUGCUGUUCUACAGUACUUCAGAUAUUGAUGUAGUGGCUCUUGCAGUUGAGGAAGGUCAAGAUUUAUUGUCCUACUAUGAAUCACCAACUCAAGUGGAGCCCAACCCGCUUUGGAGAACUUGGGUGAACGUCUCCGCAGUGGGGGAACUGCAACAGACGUGUGCCACCUUGUGCCUCAAAGAACACGCUUGCUCAGCGUUUUCAAUUUUCAGUGCUUCUGAAGAAGGUCCACAGUGCUUUUGGAUGACAUCAUGGGUCAACCUAACUGUCAACAGCUCAAAUUUCUGGACCUACAAGAAAAACAUGACUAGGGUAGCAUCUCUUUUUAGUGGUCAGGCAGUUGCUGGUAGUGACUAUGAGCCUGUGACAAGGCAGUGGGCCCUGAUGCUGGAAGGUGAUGAGUUUGUGAAUCUCACGAUUUCUGUACUUCCUGAUGAUUUUCCAGAGAUCGAUGAAAGUUUCCUGAUUUCUCUCCUUGAAGUUCACCUCCUGAACGUCACAGCCAGUUGGAAAAAUCAGCCGACCAUAGGACAGCCAAAUACUUCUGCGGUUCUCAUAGCCCUGAAUGGUGAUGCCUUUGGAGUGUUCAUUAUCUACAGUGUUAGUCCCAACACCUCAGAAGAUGGCUUAUCUGUGGAAGUGCAGGAGCAGCCACAAACCUCAGUGGAGCUGGUGAUCCACAGGACAGGAGGCAGCUUAGGGCAGGUGAUGGCUGAAUGGCGUGUUGUUGGUGGAACAGCUACUGAGGGUUUAGAUUUUAUAGGUGCUGGAGACAUUCUUACUUUUGCUGAAGGUGAAACCAAAAAGUCAGUCAUUUUAACCAUUUUGGAUGAUUCUGAGCCAGAAGAUGAUGAAAGCAUCCUAAUUCGUUUGGUGCACACUGAGGGGGGAAGCAGAAUUCUGCCCAGCUCCGACACUGUGAGAGUGAACAUUUUGGCCAAUGACAAUGUGGCGGGAAUCAUCAGCUUUCAGACAGCUUCCCGAUCUGUCAUAGGGCACGAAGGAGAAAUUUUGCAAUUCCAUGUGAUCAGAACACGUCCUGGCCGAGGAAAUGUCACUAUUGACUGGAAAAUUAUUGGGCAAAAUCUAGAACUCAAUUUUGCUAACUUUACGGGACAACUCUUCUUUUCUGAGGGUACAUUGAAUAAAACAAUAUUUGUGCAUUUGUUGGAUGACAGUAUUCCUGAGGAAAAAGAAGUAUACCAGGUUAUUCUGUAUGAUCUCAAGACACAAGGAGUCCCACCUGCAGGAAUCGCUCUGCUGGAUGCCCAGGGAUAUGCAGCUGUGUUGACGGUGGAAGCCAGUGAUGAACCACAUGGUGUUUUAAACUUUGCUCUCUCAUCAAGAUUUAUUUUACUACAGGAGGCUAACACAACAAUUCAACUUUUCAUCAACCGAGAGUUUGGAUCUCUAGGAGUUAUUAAUAUCACCUAUACCACGGUUCCUGGAAUGUUGGGGCUGAAGAACCAAACAGAAGGAAGCCUAGCAGAGCCGGAAGUUGAUUUCGUCCCUGUACUGGGCUUCCUGGUUUUGGAAGAAGGGGAAACAACAGCAGCCAUCAACAUUACUAUUCUUGAGGAUGAUAUACCAGAGCUGGAAGAAUAUUUCCUGGUGAAUUUAACCCAUGUCGAACUUAUUAUGGCUCCUUUAACUUCAUUUCCUCCUAGACUAGAUUCAGAAGGCUUGACUGCACAGAUUAUCAUUGGUGCCAAUGACGGUGCCCGAGGUGUCAUCGAAUGGCAGCAUAGCAGAUUUGAAGUGAAUGAAACCCAUGGCAGUGUAACACUGGUAGCCCAGAGGAGCAGAGCCACCCAUGGCCAGGUUUCCUUGUUUGUCUACGCCCAGAAUUUGGAAGCACAGCUGGGGCUGGAUUACAUCUGCACUCCACAGAUUCUUCAUUUUGCCGAUGGAGAAAGGUAUAAAAACGUGGAUAUCGUGAUUCUUGAUGAUGACAUUCCAGAAGGUGAUGAGAGUUUUCAGUUGAUAUUAACAAACCCUUCUCCUGGACUAGAGCUGGGAAAAAGUACAAUUGCUUUGAUUACUGUCCUUGCUAAUGACGAUGGCCCUGGAGUCCUGUCCUUUAACAAUAGUGGGCACAUCUUCCUAAGAGAACCAACUGCUCUCCACGUGCAGGAGAGUGUUGCAGUGCUGUACGUUGCUCGGGAGCCUGCACAGGGUCUGUUUGGAACGGUCACGGUUCAGUUCAUUGUGACAGAAGUCAACUCUUCAACAGAAUCUAAGGAUCUGAUUCCUUCCAAAGGCUUUAUUGUUCUAGAGGAAGGUGUUCGAGUCAAGGCCCUGCAUAUAUCUGCCAUAUUAGACACAGAACCAGAAAUGGAUGAGUAUUUUGUCUGCACCUUGUUUAAUCCAACUGGAGGUGCUAGACUAGGGGCGCGUGUUCAAACCUUGAUAACAGUUUUGCAAAACCAGGCCCCUUUGGGACUAUUCAGCAUCUCUGCUGUUGAAAAUAGUGCUACAUCUAUAGACACGGAAGAAGCUAACAAGACUAUAUACCUAAAUGUGUCCCGUACAAACGGCAUUGAUUUAACUGUGAGCGUGCAGUGGGAGACAAUUUCGGAAACAGCCUUUGGCAUGAGGGGAAUGGAUGUUGUCUUUUCCGUAUUUCAAAGUUUCUUUGACAAGUCAGCAUCUGGCUGGUGUUUCUUUACUGUUGAAGAUUCAGUAUAUGGUAUAAUGUUAAGAAAAUCCUCAUUUACUAUUUACCGAUGGCAAGGGACUUUUCUUCCAUUUGAGGAUUUAAAUAUGGAAAAUCCUAAGACUUGUGAAGCGUUUAAUAUUGGUGUCUCCCCCUACUUCGUGAUUACUCAUGACGUGAGAGAUGGAGAAAAGCCUUCCAUGAACAGUGUAUACACAUUCACAGCUGGAUUUAAAUUAUUCCUGGUACAGACAAUCGUUGUUUCAGAAAGUUGUCAAGUCAGGUAUUUUACUUCAGAUGGUCAAGAUUACUUAAUCAUUGCAAGUCAAAGAAAUGAUUCGGAAUUAACUCAGGUCUUCAGAUGGAAUGGAAGAAACUUUGCCUCGUAUCAAACACUGCCUGUCCAGGGUGUGCUGACCAUGGCCUUGUUCAGCAGAGGAGGCACUGUCUUCUUAGCCAUUUCCCAGGACAAUAUCUGGCUAAAUGUCCUUUUAUUCAGAUGGUCUGGCAGUCAGUUUAUUAACUUUCAAGAAGUUCCAGUCAGUGGGACAACACAAGUUGAGGCCUUGUCCUCAGGCGAUGACAUUUACUUAAUUUUUGCCAGAAACACCUUUUUAGGAGAUCAGAAUACAAUCGUUAUUUUCAUCUGGGAGAUGGGACAGUCUUCUUUCAGGUAUUUUCAGUCCCUGGAUUUUGCUACUGUUAACAGAAUACAUUACUUUACACCAGCUUCUGGAAUAGUCCACAUACUUUUAACUGGCCAAGAGCUGUCUGCUCUUUACUGUUGGAAUUCGGAGCUGCAUGAGUUCUCUUUUGUUCUGGAAGCACCUGCUGCUCAUGAUGCUGCUUUUGUCACAGUGAAGUCACUUAAUUCAAGCAAGAAUUUAAUUGCCUUAGUGGGAGCUAUUCACUCUCAUUUGUAUGAGCUGACCUACAUCUCCAGCCAGUCUGACUUUGUUCCCAGUUCAGGUGAAUUGAUAUUUGAACCUGGUGACAGAGAAGCCACAAUAGCAGUGACCAUCCUUGAUGAUACAGUUCCAGAAGAAGAAGAAUCCUUCAGAGUUCAGCUGAAAAAUCCCAAAGGAGGAGCAGAGAUUGGUGUUAAUGGUUAUGUGAGAGUCACUAUUCUGUCUAAUGAUGAUGCCUAUGGAGUUGUAGCAUUUGCCCAGAAUUCGUUGCAUAAGCAAGUGGAAGAAAUGGAACAAGAUAGCCUAGUAACCUUGAAUGUUGAACGCUUAAAAGGAAUAUAUGGUCAUAUAACUGUAGCAUGGGAAGCUGUUGGAAGUAUUGGUGACGUAUUUCCUACCUCGGGAGUGAUUUCAUUUAUGGAGGACCAAGCACUGGCUACAAUCACUCUGACUGUUCUUGCUGAUGAUCUACCUGAGUUAGCAGAGACUGUGAUUGUAGCAUUCACCAGCGUCACCACAGAAGGGGUUAAGGACCCAUCGAAAGGUGCUACUGUUGACCAGAACAGAAACAAGUCUGUGAUAACUAUCCUGCCCAGUGACUCGCCCUAUGGCAUUGUGGGCUGGCACACUGAAUCUCUCGUCACUAAAGUGUCAGAGCCCCAAGAGAACAUCACCAUUCUGCAGUUACAAAUUGUUCGCGACAAAGGAUUGUUUGGGGAUAUUGCCAUUCACUUGGUAGCAAAACCCAACUUCUUACUGCACAUUAAUAAUCAAGCUACUGAGAAUGAAGAUUAUAUGUUGCAAGAAACAAUAAUAAUGAUGAAAGAAAACACAAAAGAAACUCAUGCCAAAGUUACCAUUUUGCCAGAUGAUGCUCCAGAACUGGAGGAAGGAUUUAUUGUCACUAUCGCUGAGGUGAAUGUGGUGAACCUCGACUUCCCUGCAGAGCAGCCUGCUGUGCGGAUACCAAGGAUGGAAAUAGCAGAGAUAAUCAUAGAAGAAAAUGAUGAUCCAAGAGGGAUUUUUAAGUUUCAUGUUACCAGAGAUGUUGAUGGAGUCAUUACUGCUCAUGAAGUGCCUCCACCCUUGAACGUUUUUCAAGUUCCUGUCAUCCGGCUGGCUGGAAGCUUUGAGGCAGUAAAUGUUUCUUGGAAAGCAACACCCGACAGUGCUGGCCUGGAAGACUUUCAGCCAUCUCACGGGAUUCUCCAAUUUGCAGAUGGACAAGUCACAGCACUGAUAAAAAUCACCAUAAUUGACGAUGCUGAGUUUGAACUCUUGGAGACAUUCAACAUCUCCUUAAUGAGUGUGGCUGGUGGUGGCAGACUAGGUGAUGAUGUUGCGGUGACUGUUGUCAUUCCACCCAAUGACUCUCCAUUUGGAGUGUUUGGAUUUGAAGAGAAGACUGUGAUGGUAGAUGAAUCCCUUUUGUCUGAUAACCCUGACUCAUAUGUGACAUUGACAGUUGUCCGGUCCCCAGGAGGAAAAGGAUCUGCCCGACUUCUUUGGGCUGUAGAAGAGAAGGCCAAGGAUGAUCUCAGCCCUUUGAAUGGGACACUUCACUUUGAUGAGAUGGAGUAUCAGAAGACCAUUGUAUUACACACUCUUCAGGACACCACGUUGGAGGAGGACAGACGCUUCACCAUUGAACUGAUGUCAGUUGAUGAGGCAGAAAUAUCUCCAGUGAAAGGUAGUGCAUCAAUAAUCAUUCGGGGAGAAAAGGGAGCAUCAGAAGUUGGGAUAGCUCCGUCAUCUAGGCAUAUCCUUAUUGGAGAACCCUCAGCAAAGUACAAUGGUACCGCUAUCAUCAGCCUUGUUCGUGGCCCAGGGAUUUUGGGGGAAAUCACAGUGUUCUGGAGGAUAUUUCCUUCUUCUGUGGGGGAGUUUGUUGAAACAUCAGGCAAACUGACAAUGCAAAAUGGACAAUCUGAAGCCAUUGUCAUAAUACAGGCUUUGGAUGAUGAUGUUCCAGAGGAGAAAUGUUCUUAUGAAUUUCGGCUCACUGGAAUUAGUGAGGGCGGAGUGCUGAGUGAAGCCAGCAGCACCGCCGACAUCACCAUGGUGGCCAGCGACGCCCCCUAUGGCCGAUUCACCUUUUCCCAUGGGCAGCUUGGGGUGUCUGAAGGAGCACAGAGGGUCAAUGUCACAGUGGUCCGGUCAGGUGGCUACCUUGGCCGUGUUCGAGUCUGGUAUGAGACAGUGAACAGGACAGUGGAUGCAGGUGUGGACUUCGUUCCCAAGACAGGAGAGCUCCUCUUUGAAGCCAGAGAGACGACAAAAAGUCUGCAUCUUGAAAUCCUGGAUAGUGGCCAUCCUGAAGGCCCUAAGGAAUUUGUUCUUGCAAUUACAAAAGUGGAACUCCAGGGAAGAGGAUACGAUUUUACCAUCCAAAGAAAUGGACUUCAAAUAGAUCAACCUCCUGAAAUUGGAAACGUCUCCAUUGUUCGAAUCAUAAUAAUGAAAAAUGAUCAUGCAGAGGGUAUCAUCGAAUUUGACCCAAAGUAUACUGCCAUCUCAGUGGAAGAAGAUGUGGGGUUGAUCAGGAUUCCAGUGCAGAGGCUCCACGGAACUUAUGGCCGCGUGUCCGUUGAUUUCAUCUCUCAGAGGUCCUCUGCUGUUCCCGAAAGUGUCCAUUAUCUACUGCACGGUAGUUCAGUCACCUUUCAGCAUGGACAAAACCUAAAUUUUAUAAAUGUCUCCAUCAUUGAUGACAGUGAAAGUGAAUUUGAGGAGCCCAUUGAAAUUCUGCUCACUGGAGCUUCUGGUGGAGCGGUCCUUGGGCGCCACCUAGUGAGCACAAUCACAGUUGCCAAAAGUGACUCUCCCUUUGGGGUCAUAAGAUUUCUCAAUGAAAGCAAAAUUUGCAUUCCUAACCCCAAUUCCACAAUGAUUUUACACUUGACCCUGGAGCGGACUGGAGGACUCUUAGGAGACGUUCAGGUGAACUGGCAGAUUAUAGGACCCAAUUCUCGGGAAGCCUUACCACCACUGAAUGCAGACAUUGCAGACCCAGUGACUGGAACCUUCUAUUUUGGAGAGGGAGAAGGUGGACUGAAAACCAUCAUUCUGACAAUCUAUCCUCAUGAAGAAACUGAAGUUGAAGAAACUUUCAUAAUUCAACUUAAACUUGUCAAAGGAGAAGCUAAAUUAGACUCUAGAGCUAAUGAUAUUACAUUAACAAUACAAAAGUUUGGCCAUCCAAAUGGAGUUGUUCAUUUUGCACCCGAGUCUUUAUCUAAGAAAAUGUAUUCAGAACCACUAGCAUUAAAUGGGCCCUUGGUCAUUUCUUUCUUCGUGAGAAGAGUCAAAGGCAUCUUUGGAGAGAUUAUGGUUCACUGGGAACUAAGCAGUGAGUUUGAUACCACUGGAGACUUUCUUUUCACCAGUGGACUUUUUACCAUUGCUGAUGGAGAGAGUGAAGCUACCUUUGAAGUCCAUUUACUGCCAGAUGAUACUCCUGAGAUAGAGGAAGAUUAUGCCGUCCAUCUUGUUUCUGUAGAGGGCGGUGCAGAACUGGAUCUGGAGAAAUGUACCACAUGGUUCUCUGUGUCUGCAAAUGAUGACCCGCAUGGCAUAUUUGCCUUGUACUCAGAUCACCAGUCAAUACUGAUUGAGCAGAACCUUAUUAGAUCCAUCCAAAUUAAUAUAACCCGGCUUGCUGGAACAUUUGGUGAUGUGGCUGUUAGAUUUCAAAUACUAUCUGAUCUUAAAGAAGAGCCAGUUGCUUCUGAAUAUGCAGAGAGGCAGCUGGUGGUCAAAGAUGGUUCCAGAUACAAAAUGGACCUGGUGCCCCUGAAGGAGGUCUUCCUAUCAUUGGGCUCUAAUUUCACCUUGCAGCUGGUGUCUGCGACGCUUGUGAGUGGACAUUUCUAUGGAAUGCCAACAAUUCUCCAGGAAGCAAAAUUUGCUGUUCUUCCUGUUCCAGAGGAAGCUGCCAAUUCCCAGGUUGGAUUUGAAUCUACUGCUUUUCAACUUAUGGACAUCACAGCUGGCACGAGCCAACUGAUGAUAUCCAGGAGAGGCACCUAUGGUGGGCUUUCUGUGGUCUGGACCACUGGAUAUGCGCCUGGGUCCGAAAUCCCUGAAUUCAUUGUGGUCGGCAACAUGACGCCAACACUAGGUGAGCUGUUCUUUUCACAUGGUGAACAGAGGAAGGGAGUUUUGCUGUGGACAUUUCCCAUCCCUGGUCGGCCAGAGGCCUUUGUCCUUCACCUGUCAAGCGUGAGGAGCAGUGCUCCAGGCGGAGCUCAACUCAGAUCAGGUUUCACUACUGCUGAAAUUGAACCCAUGGGAGUCUUCCAGUUUUCCCCUAGUUCAAGAAAUAUCACAGUGUCAGAGGAUACACGGACGAUCAGAGUACAAGUACAGAGACUGUUUGGGUUCCACAGCGAUCUUAUCAAAGUGUCUUAUGAGACGGCUGCAGGGAGUGCCAGGCCACUGGAAGACUUUGAGCCUAUUCAGAAUGGGGAACUGUUUUUUCAAAGAUUCCAAGCUGAGGUUGAUUUUGAGGUAACCAUUAUUAAUGAUCAGCUUCCCGAGACAGAGGAAACUUUUUACAUUAAUCUUACUUCGGUAGAAACUAGGGGACUACAAAAGGGGGAUGUGAGUUGGAGACCCCGCCUAAAUCCAGAUCUCAGUGUUACAGUGGUCACCAUACUGGACAAUGAUGACAUUGUACCUACGACAACGGUGACUAUGGCAGUUGACAGCACUCUCUUUGCUGUAGAAACUGGCUCCACCAUGCAUCCUAACACCAGCAAAAUAACUGCCAUUCCAUUCACCACUGAGCUGUUUGCCAUUGAUACUGAGACAACAGGUGUAUCUGUCACACCUGAGAAACUGGUCACUCUUCACAGUACAUCUGCCACGUAUGAGAAGCCUGAUGUGGCCACCGGAACUGCCCAUGUCCUGAUGUAUGGAAUGCUCAGUCUCGGGCCCCCCAUUGUUUAUGUGGCAGAGGACACGAAGAACAGCACAUUCAGUACUGCAGAAUUUCUUAUUCAAAGGACCAGUGGGUACAUAGGCAAUGUCAGUGUGACGGUUAAGACUUUUGGUGGAAGAUGUGCUCGGAAAGAACCCAGUGUGUGGCCCUUUCAGGAUGUCUAUGGAGUCUCCAAUCUAACAUGGGCAGUUGAAGAAGAGGACUUUGAAGAACAAACACUUAUCCUUACAUUCCCAGAUGGAGAAAGAGAGCUUAAAGUAUCAGUUCGGAUUUUGGAUGAUGAUGAACCUGAGGGGCAGGAAUUCUUCUAUGUGUUUCUCACAGACCCUCGAGGGGGAGCACAGAUUGUGAAGGGAAAGGAUGACACUGGGUUUUCAGCCUUUGCUGUUGUUGUUAUUACAGAGAGUGACCUUCACAAUGGCAUCAUGGGCUUCAGUGAGGAGUCUCAACAAGGCCUGGAACUGAGGGAAGGAGGUGAUCCCAGUGGACAGCGUCUGGUUGUCACAAGACAGCCAAACAGGGUCUUUGAAGAAGUCCGGGUUUCCUGGCGAGUCACACUUAACCAAACAGCCACUGUUCUCCAGAAAGAUGGGGUGAACCUAACUGAUGAACUUCGGUCGGUGUCAGGGAUCACAACCUGUGCAGUGGGUCAAACACGGUGCUUUAUCACCCUGGAGCUCAAUCCAGAGAAGUCCCCGCAAGUUGAAAUGCAGUUUUUUGUGGAACUAUAUGAAGUCUCUGCUGGAGCAGCUAUCAACAACAGUGCCAGAUUUGCUCGAGUUGAAGUUUUCAAGAAUAAUGAACCUCAGAGUCUCCUAUUCUUUUCUGUGGGCUCUCGGCUGGCCGUGGCUCAUAAGAAGGCCACGUUGAUCAGUCUGCAAGUGGCCAGAGAGUCUGGGACAAGACUGAUGAUGUCUGUUAACUAUAGUACCCAGGAGUUGAGGAGUGCUGAAACAAUUGGUCGCACGGUCAUAUCUCCAGCUGUUUCUGGAAAGGAUUUUGUGAGCACUGAAGGCACACUGGUCUUUGAACCUGGCCAGAGAAAUGCUGUGUUGGACAUCAUCUUAACACCAGAGACAGGGUCUUUAAAUCCAUUUCCCAAACGUUUUCAGAUUGUGCUUUUUGACCCAAAAGGUGGUGCCAGAAUUGACAAAGUAUAUGGGAUUGCCAACAUCACUCUUGUCUCUGAUGCAGAUUCACAAGCUAUUUGGGGGCUUGCAGAUCAACUGCAUCAGCCCCUGGAUGAAGAAAUUCUCAACAGAGUGCUCCAUAACAUCAACAUGAAAGUAGCCACAGAGAACACUGAUGAACAACUCAGUGCUGUGGUGCACUUAAUAGAAAAGAUAACUACUGAAGGAAAAAAUCAGGCUUUCAGUAUUGAAAGCCGAACUCUUUUGUAUGAGAUUCUUUGUGCACUAAUUAACCCCAAACGCAAGGACACAAGAGGAUUCAGCCACUUAACUGAAGUGACUGAGCAUUUUGCCUUUUCUCUGCUGACUGAUGUUACCUGUGGCUCUCUGGGUGAAAAAAGCAAAACCAUCCUUGACAGUUGCCCAUAUUUGUCAAUACUGGCUCUUCACUGGUACUCUCAGCAAAUCAAUGGACACAAGUUCGAAGGAAAAGAGGGUGACUAUAUUCGAAUUCCUGAAAGGUUAUUGGAUGUUCCAGAUGCAGAAAUAGUGGAUGCGAAAAGCACAUGCAGAUUUGUUCAGUUUAUAGAGUACAGCAGCCAGCAGUGGUUUGUGACCAGAAACAACUUCCUUGCCCUGAAAAACAAGGUGUUGUCUUUGAAUGUGAAAGGUCAGAGUUCACAACCCCUUCCUAACAACAAUGAGGUACUCUACAGAAUUUAUGCUGCCAAGCCCAGAAUUGUUCCUCAUACAUCUCUGUGUCUCCUUUGGAAUCAGGCUGCUACAAGCUGGUUGUCUGACACUCAGUUUUGCAAAGUGGUUGAAGACACUUCAGACUACGUGGAAUGUACCUGUUCACACAUGUCCGUGUACGCUGUCUAUGCCCAGACUGACAACCUGUCAUCAUAUAAUGAAGCUUUUUUCUCUUCUGGAUUUAUAUGUAUCUCAGGUCUUUGCUUGGCUGUUGUUUCCCAUGUCUUCUGUGCCAGAUACUCCAUGUUCGCAGCCAAACUUCUGACUCACAUGAUGGCAGCCAGCUUAGGAACACAGAUUGUGUUCCUGGCAUCUGCAUAUGCAAGUCCCCAACUGAGUGAAGAGAGUUGUUCGGCUGUGGCUGCUGUGGCACAUUACCUGUAUCUUUGCCAAUUUAGCUGGAUGCUCAUUCAGUCUGUGAAUUUCUGGUACGUGCUGGUGAUGAAUGAUGAACACACCGAGAGACGAUACCUGCUCUUUUUCCUUCUCAGCUGGGGGAUUCCGUCUUUUGUGGUGAUUCUCCUCAUAGUUAUUUUGAGAGGAAUCUAUAAUCAGAACAUGCCGCAGAUCUAUGGACUCAUUCAUGGUGACUUAUGCUCCAUCCCCAACAUCUAUGCUGCUCUGUUCACGGGGGCGCUUGUUCCUCUAAUGUGCCUGGUGGUGGUGUUUGUGGUGUUCAUCCACGCCUACCAGCUGAAGCCGCAGUGGAAAGCUUACGACGACAUUUUCAGAGGGAGAACCAACGCUGCAGAAAUUCCUCUGAUUUUAUAUCUCUUUGCCCUGAUUUCCAUGACAUGGAUUUGGGGAGGACUGCAUAUGGCCUACAGACACUUCUGGAUGUUGGUUCUCUUUGUCAUUUUCAACAGCCUGCAGGGACUGUAUGUUUUUGUGGUUUACUUUAUUUUACACAACCAAACAUGUUGCCCUAUGAAGGCCAGCUACACAGUUGAAAUGAAUGGUCACCCAGGACCCAGCACAGCCUUCUUCACACCUGGAAGUGGAAUGCCUCCAGCUGGAGAGGAGAUUAGCAAAUCCACCCAGAACCUGAUCAAUGCUAUGGAAGAGGUGCCACCUGACUGGGAGAGAGCAUCCUUCCAACAGGCCAGUCAGGCCAGCGCUGAUUUGAAGACAAGCCCACAGAAUGGUGUCUCGUUCCCUUCCUCUGGAGGAUAUGGCCAGGGGUCCCUGAUAGCUGAUGAAGAGUCCCAAGAGUUUGAUGACUUGAUAUUUGCACUAAAAACUGGGGCUGGUCUGAGUGUCAGUGAUAAUGAAUCUGGUCAAGGCAGCCAAGAGGGAGGCACACUGACUGACUCCCAGAUCGUAGAACUCAGGAGAAUACCCAUCGCCGACACCCACCUCUGAGAGCCUUGCUAACCCUAACUGUUAGAAUGUGGGUACUUUCAUAUUUGCCUUGGUUUUUGUACUAAGACUCUAAGUGCUUUCAGCUGUAUAAUAGAAAUCUGAAAGUCACACUAAAUGAUUAACACAUUGGAAUAUGAAUUGCUUAAUAUCUAUGUGACUUAAAAAUUGACAGUUAUAAUGAAAGACUGGAUCCAUUCAUGCAAGCUACGAGGAUGUACAUAUUCCAAUAAUAUUAGUUGUUUGUUAAUCAUACUACUUGACUAACUUUGCCUAAUGAAAGUAAUCAUCAA